CUUAAUAUGAAAAUUUUCGAAGUAUCGCAACGAUAUGAUUCGGAGAGGCUAUAUGACUCCCAAAACAAGGUAGACUGCGAUGAUGGCAAUGAAUUUAGACGGCAGAGUCUGCGAGACUCUCCUUCGUCCAACAGCUACUGCAAGACUCAAAGGUAUAUAGGCGAUACCAGUGAAUUAUUUGAAGUCGGCGCAGAUGACGACGAAGAGUUUAUUCCACUUUUAGAUAAGCUAUUUGAUCUAGAAGAAGAGAAGAAUUGGGAGGAUUGCUUCGAUUUAUCAGCAUCCAAUGCGCCACAUUUUUUCGACCAGGGAGGCAACGACAACACCGACGUCAACGAUAGCUCUGCUGCGCCAGCAUAUCUAAUCAAGGCUAUUCUUGCCGGACUUUACGAGCUUCCACCUCCCCAUAUCCUCAAAUACCAGCUUGGGCUCGGACGACGAGUACGCUACGACUCAGUUGUUCGGUUGGAAUCACAUUUUGUUACGCUGGAGGGUCGAUCCGCAGAUUUGGAGUGCAUGCGUCUGACACGCCAAUUUGACACUUCUAAGGCUGCAAGUUUCUACGUCUAUCGUCGAAAUCUAUUGGACUGCGAAAAUCUGAACACUACGUUGCGAGUCGUGGCUUUGGCGGAAGAAUUGAAGUCGGCUGGACUGGACGUCAGCAACGCCGGAGGAUCAUGGCAUGGCCCACCAAACUUUUUGUCGCAAAGAAAUCUUGACGACACGUACAGUCGGGCAUGCUUAGCACUCUACAGUUUCUUCGCUGACAGCGUACAGCAAAUUGAUCCACAUCAAAAUCAUGUCUUGGACUUGGAGCCGUCCAAUAUUGAGUGCUGGAUCAAUACCUCCCGGAACGGGUCUUGGAACAGACUACACACACAUGAAGGUAGUGCAUGGAGCGCGGUGUACUACGUUGACGCAGGCUCUCCGCAGACAACUACCUACGGAGGCCGGCUGGUUCUCAAACCAUCACCCCACCCCCGCGAAGAUACGCACACACUGGAUGUCCGGGAACGGGAGCGAUUUUUUGAUUGGCGGGAUCGCGAUCCAGAUUGGUCCAUUGUUGAGUACGUGGAUUUGGAUGCCGUACCGGGAAGCAUGCUGAUCUUUCCUAGCUGGCUUCAUCAUUGCGUCCUUCCAACUGUUAUGACCGAAUCGCCUUCACACCCUCGAAUUUCCAUCGCUUUUAACGUAAACUGGAUGCCCAAUUAA